AUGCCCGUGUACAUGCUCCACGGCUUCCGGUGGCCCCGCGCGGGCUUCACGGGAAUCCGCGUAUACAUCGUCCUCAAUAACCUCGAAGAAGCCGCAGCAGAGUACCUCCAACAACCGCUGACAACGGAGCUCGUCACGGAAUCCCUCAAGAAAACACAAGCCGACCUCAUGCCCCGACUCCCAGAGCUGCAAUUCAUCGAGCAGUACGACCCGCAAGACGAGUCCACCAACACCGUCAGCCAGGACUAUGCCUACGUCGGCGCCAAGGUGGUGACCAUCCCGGAUGGUGCGGGCGCGAGUCCGGGGUUGAAUAUGUCGGAUGUCGUUGAGCAGGGGUCUGGGUUGUCGCCUGAUGCGACGGAAGCGCUGGAGGCGUUGCGGGAUCGGUUGGCUCCUGGUGAGAAGAUCGGUUGGUUUAUGGUUUAUAAUGGGGAUCCGGAUCGUUGGUUUCCGCCUUCGGAGGAUGAGGAUGAGUAUGAGGAUGAAGAGAGUUAUGUGGAUGAGAAGUCGGAUAGCCAGACGGAGCCGAGUACGCCACAGAGUUAUACGGCGGUGAACCCCGGCAAUAUGGAGAGGGGGAGCUUCGCGAUAACGGAACCAGCGGAGAAUCCUCCCCAGCUUGCGCGCCCACAAGAAACGAGCUUCACCGAUGCUGGCCAGGUGAAUUCUUUUGGUCUUGCAAAAUGGUUCUAUCUUUCAUUCUCGUGCAGAAUCGCCAGGGCAAAACGCGCCUGGCGAAGUGGUACGCACCGUACAGCCUUACACUGGAUUCAGGAUGAAGAAAAAGUCAAAUUAAAGGGCGAGGUGCAUCGCCUCGUCGCUCCCCGAGACCAGAAAUACCAGUCGAAUUUCGUCGAGUUCCGCCGCAGCACAAAGAUCGUGUACCGCCGAUACGCCGGAUUGUUCUUCUGCGUUUGCGUGGACGCUAAUGACAAUGAGCUUGCGUACCUGGAGGCUAUCCAUUUCUUCGUUGAGGUGUUGGACCAAUUCUUUGGGAAUGUGUGCGAGUUGGAUUUAGUUUUCAACUUUUACAAGGUCUACGCUAUUCUGGACGAGGUCUUUCUUGCCGGCGAGAUUGAGGAGACGAGUAAGCAGGUUGUGCUUACGAGACUUGAACAUUUGGAUAAGCUGGAAUAA